AUGAUUCUACCUACUACUUUAAAUGGUGGUGGUGUUUUAGCUUAUGGAUUAGGUGCCUAUUAUCAAUCACAUUGGGCAAUUUCUGUAGUUAUUGGUCAACUGUUAUUAGGGUUUUCAAUGUCUGCAUCUGGAACAAUUUGUUUAACUUAUGCAGUAGAUUGUUAUCAUAAAGUAGCUGGAGAAAGUAUUGUUUUAAUAUUAUUUGUCAGAAAUAUGAUUGGUAUGAUAUUUUGUUUUGUAUGUCAACCAUGGUUAAAUAAUUGUGGAUUAAUGUUAACUACAUGGUUAAUAUUCCUAAUUACUACUUUAAUUAAUAGUAGUUUUAUAUUAAUGGUGGUUUCAGGUAAAUCAUUUAGAAGAAGAACUAUUAGGUUGUACGAUAAAUUUUCAAAUCCAUUAUUUGGUGAAUUAUUUAAAUAG